AUGACUAGCAGCGUGUCGUCGGCCCCGGCAACAAUUACACAAGGCGACUUGGCAAGAAUCCCCAUGAUCAAAGCCAACGCGACGGCACGCUACCUCCGCUUCCAGCCGUCGAUGGACUUUGACACAGACAGCUGCUACAACUGGCCGGCCAUCACCUUUGACGGCGACACGUGCGGGGGCCUGCCCACGGCGCCGAAGCGCUUCCCGGCAAGAUACUGCCGCGACGAGUCGGACCUGGACAACAACAACGGCUACGCGCGGCGGCGCUGCAACCGUGGCUGGUGCGCCUACAUUUACGCCUACUAUUUCCCCAAGGACGUGGGCGAGGGCGGCCACAGGCACGACUGGGAGCACGUGGCGGUGUGGACCAAGGCCGGCAAGAUCAACGGCGACGGGUCGUACGGGGACGAGUCCGUCGUCUACGUCGGCACCUCUGCCCACGGCGACUUUGAGAUGAGGCACGUGGGGCGCGUGGAGAUGGACAUGUUUACGCACCCAAAGGUCGUGUACCACCUCGGGGGUGUCGGCUCGCACAGCAUACGAUUUGCCAAAAAGCAGGACGACAAAAUCGAGAACCACAAGGGCGUCUGGUUCCGCGGCCCGCUCGUGUCCUGGGAGGGCUUCCCGUCCUGGAAAAAGGUCAACAUCCGCCAGAAGCUGCUGGAUGCUGAUUUUGGGUCGGCACAUCUGGCCCUCAAGGACGGCGACUUCACCAGGGCUCUGAUCGCUACUCUGCAGUCGGCUCCCCAAGCGAAGAGCGGCGAGUUUGACUGUGCGUUUGACGAGGAGCCUGCUACGAGCCAAGGCUAA